CUCCCCCUCCCCCCGGUCCUGGCUCCAGCGGGAGCGCGAGACGCCGGUCAGGCUCCGCGGCGCCGCCGGGCAGGAUCGCUCCCCGCGACCCCGGGACGCGCCGCGGCCGCUCCGGAGCUGCCCGCCGUGGGUUUCGCCCUCCCCAUUCCUCCUUUAGGAAACCGAAUCAAAACAAAACGCCAGCCAGCCCGCCGCGCAAGACUCCGGUUUGUGGAUCGCCUCCUGCUUGUUUUCACCGUUUGCGGGAUUUGCAGACCGAGUUUCAUGCAUGUCCAGUGGGGGCAGGUUUAAUUUUGACGACGGAGGGUCCUACUGCGGAGGCUGGGAGGACGGCAAGGCGCACGGCCAUGGCGUCUGCACCGGCCCCAAGGGCCAAGGCGAAUACACCGGCUCGUGGAGCCACGGCUUCGAGGUGCUGGGCGUCUACACCUGGCCCAGCGGCAACACGUACCAGGGCACCUGGGCGCAGGGCAAGCGCCACGGCAUCGGCCUGGAGAGCAAGGGGAAGUGGGUGUACAAGGGCGAGUGGACGCACGGAUUUAAGGGGCGCUACGGGGUGCGGGAGUGCACGGGCAACGGGGCCAAGUACGAAGGGACCUGGAGCAACGGGCUGCAGGACGGGUACGGGACCGAGACCUACUCCGAUGGAGGGACCUACCAGGGCCAGUGGGCCGGCGGCAUGCGGCAGGGCUACGGCGUGCGGCAGAGCGUCCCCUACGGCAUGGCGGCGGUCAUCCGCUCGCCCCUGAGGACGUCCAUCAACUCCCUGCGCAGCGAGCACACCAACGGCACGGCGCUGCACCCCGACGCCUCCCCCGCGGCGGGCAGCCCGGCCGUGUCCCGGGGCGGCUUCGUGCUCCUGGCCCACAGCGACUGCGAGGUCCUCAAGGGCAAGAAGAAGGGGCUGUUCCGGCGCUCGCUGCUGAGCGGGCUGAAGCUGCGCAAGUCGGAGUCCAAGAGCAGCCUGGCCAGCCAGCGCAGCAAGCAGAGCUCCUUCCGCAGCGAGGCCGGCAUGAGCACGGUCAGCUCCACGGCCAGCGACAUCCACUCCACCAUCAGCCUGGGCGAGGCCGAGGCCGAGCUGGCCGCCGUGGAGGACGACAUCGACGCCACCACCACGGAGACCUACGUGGGCGAGUGGAAGAACGACAAGCGGGCCGGCUUCGGCGUCAGCCAGCGCUCCGACGGGCUCAGGUACGAGGGCGAGUGGGCCGGCAACCGGCGCCACGGCUACGGCUGCAUGACCUUCCCCGACGGCACCAAGGAGGAGGGCAAGUACAAGCAGAACGUCCUCGUGAGCGGCAAGCGCAAGAACCUCAUCCCGCUGCGGGCCAGCAAGAUCCGCGAGAAGGUGGACCGGGCCGUGGAGGCCGCCGAACGGGCCGCCACCAUCGCCAAGCAGAAGGCCGAGAUCGCCGCCUCCAGGACCUCGCACUCGCGGGCCAAGGCCGAGGCGGCCCUCACGGCGGCUCAGAAAGCGCAGGAGGAGGCGCGGAUCGCCAGGAUCACUGCCAAAGAGUUCUCGCCUUCCUUCCAGCACCGGGAAAACGGGCUGGAGUACCAGAGACCGAAGCAUCAGCUCUCCUGCGAGGACAUCGAGGUGCUCUCCACGGGGACGCCCCUGCAGCAGGAGAGCCCUGAGCUGUACCGCAAAGGCACCACCCCUUCCGACCUGACCCCCGACGACAGCCCCCUGCAGAGCUUCCCCACCAGCCCCGCGGCCACGCCGCCGCCGGCCCCCGCCACCUCCAGGAACAAGGUGGCCCACUUCUCCCGGCAGGUGUCUGUGGACGAGGAGCGCGGCGGGGACAUCCUGAUGCUUCUGGAGGCCCGGGGCGGGGACCACGCCCGCAACAGCUGGGGCGAGGAGAAGCCCGCGGGCCCCAGGGGCGUCCGCAGCGGCGCCCUGCGCAGCGGCCAGCCCGCGGAUGACUUCCACUCCCGGGGCUCGGGCCACAAGCAGCCCGGGAACCCCAAGCCCCGGGAGCGGCGGACGGAGUCCUCGCCCCUGUUCUCCUGGACGUCCCCGCACCGGGCCGGCGGCCACAGCCCCGGGAGCGCCAAGCUGCUGCAGCUGGGCGAGGAGAAGCACAGCAACUACACGAUGGAGAUGCAGCCGCUGCGCAGGAUGGACGCCUACGCGCAGGACGCGCACCCCCAGAAAAGACGCUACGGCAAGGGGGGCGCCGGCCGGGGCGCGGGGGAGGACCACCGCACCGAGGACCGGGGCUUCGGGGUGCAGAGACUGAGGUCGAAGGCCCAGAACAAGGAGAACUUCAGGCCGGCCCCCUCCGCGGAGCCCACGGUGCAGAAGCUGGAGAGCCUGCGGCUGGGCGGCAGGGCCGAGCCCCGGCUGCUGCGCUGGGACCUCACCUUCUCCCCGCCCCGCAAGUCCCUGCCGGUGGCCCUGGAGUCGGACGAGGAGACCGGGGACGAGCUCAAGGCCAGCACGGGCUCGGCGCCCAUCCUGGUCGUCAUGGUGAUCCUGCUGAACAUCGGAGUCGCCAUUUUGUUCAUUAACUUUUUCAUCUGAUGAGAUUGUCGCCACAGCAAAAACAACGGUGUACAAAGGGGGACGCAGAAGCAAAACCACCACAAGGGAAAGCUCGCAGCUCCGACCGCCCGACAACUUCCAGGUCUUUCCGCAGAAGAACAUGAUUGGGUAUCACUCACAGUUUGCCUUUUUUUCUGGGUAAUGUUUUUUGGAUUUUAGCCAAAAUUCUUCGCUUGUGUAACUCUCUGCUGUGUGGCAUGGCAGAAGGAGGCCAGCACGCAGACCCUCCAGCCGACGUGGAAGGAGAAGGGAUCCCGGCAGGAAGAGUGUUGCCAUCAUCGUCAUCACCCUUCGCGCCUGGGGUGCGUGGGGAGGCGACGCCAGAGGAAGGACCCUCGGCGGCGCGCCCAGUGGUGCCCGGCACGGGGGAGCGGCGUAGCUGGACGCGCACGUGGAAGGCCCUGCCUUGAGGGGCGGUAGCCCGGGCCUUUCCGCCUGCGGUCUGCGCUGCGCCCCUGAGGGAGGGACGUGCCGCCUCCCGUCCCCCAGACACGGCACUGCCCCCGCCUCCCUGGAGACGCCGACUCCCCACACCACGUCUUAAGCAAAGUCCUCCUUCCUUCCCCCACCCACGGCCCACUCCUCAGGCCCCCUCGGCCGCCCUCCCCCCGACAAGCCGGGGGCCGACUCUGAUCCGACGGGGCACGUCUGAGCGAGGAAGCCGAGGGGCUGUGCCUCGGGUUGCGGGGGGGCCCCCCCCUGCCAUGGACGGUCGGCCUUGCACUUGGCGCGCAGGCUCUGUCCCGGCAGCAAGGGCCCGAGAAGGACGUCUCCUCGGGCUGUUACUGACCUCCAGGGGUUUUCACAUCUUUGUACCGUGCCUGCCUCAACCUCCCCUAACAGAUAUGCAUAUUCCUUCCAGAUGCCUCAGUGCUACUCCAGAGCGGGUCUGGGCCCGGGACCGGAAUGUGUCUUGAGAAUCUGUAGCAUAUCCGAUACCUCCCCCCAAAAAAUGUACAAUGUAACUUGUUUCAGUCCAACAAGAACAGGUUCCUUAUGUUUCUGCCUUCUUCACCAGGGUCGCUCUGUCGCCCACACAAAAGAACAAGGUUUGCAGGGUGUCCGAGCGCUCAAGGCCCCGGCUCCCCGUGUGCAUGGACGUGUCGGGGGUCUCGGCACGCCCCUGCGCAGGACCCUGUGCUCGCGCCCGGGGGCGCUGCCCGUGGCUCCUCAUCCCGUCCCGUGGACUCUGCCUUGCUUUGCUUAUGUUCAGCUGUUCCUCUGCUGCCUUUCGAGCAGAUUUCUUUACUACACUGCACUGGAUUGCUAUAUUUUUAACCAGAAAUAAACUAAAGAUUAGAGCAUGUUCCAGUUAAAUUCAGUUCUGCUGUUUUCCGUUACACGUUCACCCCCAGUCCGGCCUGGGGGGGCGGAGGAGAGGAGGGAGGAUCGGGGGGCCACACAGGACAUCUCUGAAUGUUGCUUUCUAAGGGAUAUGACAUCUUUUUGUACAUCUUACUUUUCCGUUCCUCUUUUUUAAUAUCGAGUGGUUGCUGCAGACCUGACGUGAACCAAAUAAAGAUUCCUGCUCUUUGCAGCUCUGAGAAUC